GGCGGGGCUCUAGGUGCGUGUGGGCCUGGCCAGCCUCUUCCAUUCAUUCCUUUUUUUUUUUUUUUUAGUUUAUUUAUUUAUUUUUGCGUUUUAUUUCACUUAGAUAGCAGGCUUUAAGAAAGGCGGGGGCUGUUGCCGGUAUCCCUUCUGUUUAUCGCCGUUAGUGCAGGUGUAGCUCUCCCGCACUUACCGGCAAGGUCGAGGACAAACACGUCCUCUUUCGAAGGGUGGUCCUUUUCAGUUGCGGGUGGCGGUGGCGGUUGCCUCCACGCACGCUCUUCCUUUUCUCCCGCCAUUUUCUCGCCAUCUCCCCAAAGCUUUCCCAUCAAUCCAGCGACCCCAGAGAGAGAGAGAGAGAGAGAGAGAGAGAGAGAGACAGAGAGAGAGAGAGCGUGCGCGCAUUGUCUUUUCUCAUUCUCUCAACCCUUUCUUAUUUAACGCCAUUCUCUCUCCGUUCUCCCAUUCGCCAACCUUUUUUCUCGUUUCUCUUCGUUGUUCUCUCCUCCUCCUCGGGAUCCGAUCGCUUCUUUAUUCCUGUCCGACAAGAUCUGACGGUCCAAAAAGCACGACCAGGUGUUGCUACCAGGCUCGGUUCCCGAGGAUUCUGUUUUCUGUUUUGUCUUCUUCUUCUCUCUCCCUCAUUCUCUUUGACUGGAAGGGCCGAGGAAUAGCCGAUUCAGAUCCUAAGGUGUGCGAUUGGAGUUCUCUGACCUGAUUUCAUUAUUCAUCAGGGGAAUAUGAAUACUUUUACACAUGUUCCCCCAGGUUUUCGGUUCCAUCCCACAGAUGAAGAACUCGUCGAUUAUUACCUUAGAAAGAAGGUUGCAUCAAGAAGAAUUGACCUCGAUGUCAUCAAGGAUAUUGAUCUUUACAAAAUUGAGCCAUGGGAUCUUCAGGAAAAAUGUAAGAUUGGAACAGAAGAGCAGAAUGAAUGGUAUUUCUUUAGCCAUAAAGAUAAGAAGUAUCCGACAGGAACCCGCACUAAUAGAGCAACAACAGCAGGGUUUUGGAAAGCAACAGGAAGAGACAAGGCCAUUUACUCUAAGCAUAACUUGAUUGGGAUGAGGAAGACCUUAGUCUUUUAUAAAGGUCGAGCCCCGAAUGGGCAAAAGUCAGAUUGGAUAAUGCACGAGUACAGGCUGGAAACGAAUGAAAAUGCAACUCCACAGGAAGAAGGUUGGGUAGUCUGUAGGGUGUUCAAGAAGCGAGUAACCGCAAUCCGUAAAGUCAGCGAGCAUGAGUCGCCUUGCUGGUAUGAUGAACAAGUCUCCUUCAUGCCCGAACUUGAUUCUCCGAAGAGGAUAGCUCCUGAUAUGGGAUACCACAAUCCCUAUUCCUGCAAGCAAGAGCUCGAACUGCAUUACCACAUGCCCCAUGACCCCUUCCUCCAGCUUCCUCAAUUAGAGAGCCCCAAGCUUCCGAAUUCUGCUACCACUAUAAGCUGCAAUUCUGUUGUGGCUUAUGGCCUUGACAUCAACCAAGGAAGCACUCUCCAGUCGUCUUCUCUCACACAAGAAGAACAGAUGCAUCAAAACCACCAACACCAGAUGAACUCAGUAUACAAUCAUAAUACUGAGCAAGCAGUCGACCAAGUGACUGAUUGGCGGGUUCUUGACAAGUUUGUGGCUUCUCAGCUUAGCCAAGAGGAUGUUUCCAAAGAACCCAACUACUCAAACCCAGAGAACGCCUUCAACGUUUCCGACCACAUGAACCUACUCAUCCGGCAAUCCAACAAGGCGGAAGCAGCAGCAGACUAUGCAUCAACGUCCACUUCGAGCUGCCAAAUCGACCUGUGGAAGUGAAAGCCUGCACAAAUCCAUCAAUAUAAAUAUAUACUGAUCAUAGGAAGUACAUUAUAAUAUGAAAAGACAUGAUUCAGAUUCCUGUACAUAAUAAACUAAAGCCUUAGUUGUUGGGCCGCUGCAUAUCCCUUGUAAUGUUUAUUAAAACCACCCAACUGGGUUUAGGCCUAUCUCCUACUCUUAAUAAGAUUAGAUUAUUAGGUGGAUGGUGCAGCCGAGCGUUUGCUGUGACUGACUCGGUGAGUGUCGAUUGUAUUACAUGUUUGGUGGCAGCUCUGUCUGCAUGUAAUGGCCAUUAUUAUACAGUCCAGUGUUCAACAGACGUGCUCGCUGUUGGUUGGAUUGAUGUCUUUGAUUGUUCUACUUGUAAUAGCAUUAUUAAAAGAUUUUUAUUUCAUAAACUUCUAGACUACUAUUCUGUC